AUGAAUUCUAAUACUAUUGAUUUGAAUCGAAAAAAACAGAUUACUUCUUCUUCGUCGUUCAUUAACAAUGAACAACAUGGAUAUCAACCAACAACAUUACAACAAAAUGAUCAUGGACGAUAUGCAUAUUUGCCUACAUUUCCAACAGAAUCUAUUCAUCUAAAUGAUUAUCUACUCUUGGCUAAUGUACGAGACACUGAAGAAUUAGCGACACGAUUACACAUAGACAAGUCAAUCAUUACUUUCAAUGCUAAUCAACUUCGACGAAUAUGUUCUUUUCUUCUUACAUUACAUGAAUCAUUUCGACGCACUGUUCUAUGUAAGAAAGAUAUUGCUUUGAAAGAACCAAUACUCGAUUCAAAACAAAUGGCUUUAGUAUUAGAAUUCUAUCUACAAAUAGAUGUGGAUCUAUUCUACAUGAAAACCUGUUCGUUUCGUGGAGCUGAACCGCGAUCGAAGAGUGAAGGUCUAUUCUGUGGAAACGAUGAACCUCAAGCAAGAUAUACAUUCAUUCCAUGUGGUAAUUUAUUUUGUUCAUGUUGUCAUCCGAUACAUAAUUACAACAAAAUUGAAACAUGGCCAGUAAUUGAUUUUGCUUCAAGUUCGAUGCAUCGAUUUCUCAAUGGAUAUACCACUUAUCUCAAUUGUCCAGCAACAUGUACUACAUCGAAUUUAAUCUAUGCCAUGACAUGUCCAUGUGGUCAUUAUGAUUACGUUGACUCGACAGCAGAAACAUUGACUGAUGCUUUAGCUUAUCAUCGAGAACAUGGCAAUAGAAUUAUACAUGAAAAAUUGACUGGUAGUCCAUUAUUUCGAGGAUCAAUAAUGGAUCCCAACGGAAAACAAAACGAAAUCGCCAAUAGAAUGCGUCUCUAUCAGCAUUCAGCUCGAUGUCCAGUAGCACUUCGUUCAUUUCUUGAUUGUAAUCCAAUUUAUUGGUGUUUUAUUCCUGUACUUUGGAGUGAAGCACUAGCAGAAAAUAGUGUUCAUACCCGAGGCACAUCUGAUACCGAUCUUCUAUUGCUUCAAGUGUUGACGAGUACUGCCGUAGGCAAUCGUAGAUUAGCUAACUAUUUAGAUUGUGUACCACUAUCACCAGCCGCCUAUGUCUUCUCAAAUCAACAAGUAAAACAACAACGUUCAUUUUUUCAGCAAUUCAUCUCUUGUACCAAUGAUCAACUGCCCUAUUUAACACUGGACUUAUAUAAAGUAGCAAUUAUUGCCGUGUUACCCGAUAUACGUUCAAUCAUACUUCGAUAUAUCAUUGAAACAUUGUUUAUUAUUCAUGCUGAGACCAAAUUGAAUAUGAUUUGUCCUAUUGGUAUUGAUGCUGAAAAACGCUAUGGUCGUGUCUAUGAUCUUGUUUGGUGUGCUAAUCUAAAACAACCGCCAAUAUCAACCACAAAAUCGAUACAAUGA